AUGGAAGAGUCUGAUGCAGAGGAGUAUGUGUACUCUGAGGAAGAGUCUGAGAGUGAGAGAUUGAGGGAGGAGAGGAGGACCAAGAAGAGGAAUGACCCCAUUAGUAGUGAGAGUGAGCAAGGGGAGUUUGAGAUUGGAGUGAACCUUGUUCAAGAGGAGGGAAAUGGCUCUCCAAGUGAAGAAGGAAGUGAUGAGACUGAGAGUGAAGAGGAAGGAGAAGAGGUGAAUCAGUUGAUGAAGAGAGUAACCAAGAUGAACCUAUGGAGGAGGUUGAGCCACAAGAGAGCAAGAGGAGGAGAAGAACUCCCUAUGUACCAAGAGCACUACAAUGCUCUCUUCUCCAUGGACUUUAUGGAGACCAAGUACCCACAUGUUGACACAAUGAAGGCCCUUGGAAUCUUUGAAGAUGUGGAGCUUUCUCAAGAACAUGCACUUGGCCAAGCUUUUCUCUUAUCACAUGGAAUCCUACAAGGAGCUCACUUGCGAGUUCUUAGCUUCAAUGAGGGAGAGAAGAGAAUGGUGACCUUUAGGCAGUUGGAGAUCUUGUUUGGGUUCAACUAUGGAGAAGGUACCAAGUGGAACUUCAAGGAAAGGAACUCCAAAGGGUUUGGGCUACAAUCGCUGAUGGAGUGUACUCUUCCUCAAGGUCCAAGGCAGCUCAGAUCAGGAGCCCAGUGCUUGAGGUAUGUGCACAAGGCACUUGCCAACACCUUCUUUGCAAGGAAGGCGACCGGGACAAUCAACGAGGGGGAACUCAAGUUUCUUGACAUGGGAAUCAAGCCCAUUCUCUCACGCACAAGCGAUGGCAAGAGGAUCAGGGGAGAUAGAUCUGACACAGGAACUUGA